AAUUAUUUAAUGUAUUCACCUUCUUUACAGAUGAUGACUUUGAUCAGUUUGAUAAGCCUGGUGCAGAAAGGUCUUGGAGAAGAAGAGCUGGAGAUGAUGACUGGGACAGUGAACUUGAUGAUGACUUGCUUGGAGAGGAUUUGCUAACUGGCAAAAAGAAUCAGUCAGACUUGUCGGAUGAAGAGCUGAAUGAUGAUCUUCUGCAAAGUGACAAUGAAGAGGAACAAGACUUUGGUUCUCAAGGCGUUACGGUUAGCCUCAGUGCUACAUCUGGCAUGCUUUCAUCAUACGAACUCUCUGAAACGAUCAACGAUCAAUCAAUAGAACAUGAGUCUGAGUAUGACCAAGGGGAAGAUGAAAUUGUUUAUGACAAAUCUGAAGCACCUGAAGUAUAUGCUUCAGAGUAUGCAGAGGAAGGACAUUAUGAAGGCAAUGAUCCUGAACUGACAGAAGACCAAAUAGAAUAUGGGGAAGAACCUGGAGAAGAAGAUGAAGUGCUAGACCUUGAAAUCAAUGAACCCCUAGAUGAAUUUCCAGAUGAAGAUUACAUGCAAUCAUAUAAUCAGCAAGCAAUGGAAGAACAAGAAGAAUAUACAGCUGAUGAGGAGCUGGAAGAAUCCCAGGCAAUGACAAAUGAAUCAGAAGAGGCAGCUAUUGAAUCUCUGGAACUUCAAGAAGAAACAAAAGAGGAAUCUGAUGAAGAAGAGGAUGAUGACGAAGAGUCUGGACGAUUGCGUUUCAAAACUGAACGGAAAGAAGGAACAAUAAUUAGGCUCUCAGAUGUGACAAGAGAAAGGAGAAACAUUCCAGAAACUUUGGAACUUUCUGCAGAAGCCAAAGCAGCAUUACUUGAAUUUGAAGAGAGGGAAAGGCAGCUUAAACAGGGACGGUAUGGCUCAAGGAGAGGAGGUCGAAGAGGAGGCUCAGUUAUGUGCCACGGAAUGGGAGAACAAAGGAGAGACAAUAAUGAUAGAGGAAGAAUGAGGGAUCACAGGCCUGCACUGCUGCCAAACCAGCCGUCGACAAUGCAUCAGCAUCAUUCUUCUCCUCCUCCAGGGCUACAUAUGCCCCCUCAGAUAGAAACACCUAGAAUAAUGAUGACUCCACCUCCAGUGACACCUCAACAACCGAAGAACAUACACAUAAAUCCACAUUUCAAGGGGACAGUAGUGACGCCUGUACAAGUGCCCUUGCUGCCAGUUCCAGCCCAGCCAAGACCUGCUGUAGGACCCCAGAGAUUUCCCGGCCCUCCAGACUUUCAACAGCAUACGCCUGGACCAGUUCCUACCAACUUCUCCCAAGCCCCAAGGCUGCCAAUCCAGGACCAGUGGAGAGGGCCACCACCACCGCCACCACCACUCCCUCCUCCACCUCCUCAGGAAAGAGAUCCUUUCUUCCUAGCAGAUCCAAGGUUUCCAAGCCAUCACUUGUUUGAGCAGCGGAGCCCCCCACCACCC